GUGUAUAAUGCGAUUUUCGGAUACAACACGUGUGACUAUAUAGGGCUUCAUUACUGCUCGGUGACCUCAUCGUCAGUGAGCAGUCAUUGAAUAUUCAUUGAAAAGCAACGGGAGUUCUCGGUUUACGACAGAGUGCGUCCGUGCGCGUGGUGGGAACGGUAGCAAGAUGGCGGCGCUGAAGGAGGAGCAGUGCUACGGACUGUCCUGUGGAAGAGUGAGCAACGGUAGCAAUGUCUCCGUCUUUCACGUCAAACUCACUGACAGCGCGCUGAAGGCGUUCGAGGGCUACCAGAGCAGCAAGGUCCUGUCAUCACGACCAUUGAUCAGGUUUAAUGGAAACCAAGGGAAAAUUUCAAUACCACGGUCCGAAAAUUCCAGUGAACUACAAACGUUUACUUUCUACCUGUCAAAUGUGGGCAGAGAUAACCCACAGGGCAGCUUCGACUGCAUCCAGCAGUACAUCACAAGUGAAGGGAGCAUUCAGCUGGAUUGUUUGGGUGGGAUCCAGGACAAGAUUACAGUAUGUGCCACAGACGACUCCUACCAGAAGGCCAGGGAAAGCAUGGCCCAGGUUGAGGAGGAGACUCGUAGUAGGAGUGCCAUUGUCAUCAAGCCAGGGGGGAGAUAUGUAGGUAAAAAGGUUCAGAUCCGGAAACCGGCACCUGGCCUGUCAGAUAUCGCCCCCUCACGGAGGACGUCUCGGCCUGUCAUCAUCUCUAGCGGAACGCUAAAGAAGAGCACAGCUCAGCACAGGCCACUCCGGGAGCGCCUUGUGCACCUGUUGGCCCUCAAGCCUUACAAGAAGCCAGAGCUGAUUCUGAGACUGCAGAAAGAUGGCCUCCUACCAUUAGACAAAGACUACCUGGAUAGCCACCUGCAACAGGUGGCGAACCUGAAUGGGAAAGACAACACCUUCACAUUAAAGGACUUUUUGUAUAAGGAAGUGCAGAAGGACUGGCCAGGCUACACAGAAGGAGACCAGCAGCUUCUCAAGAGAAUCCUGUUCAGGAAACAGAACAGCUCUGCUCCUCCACUGGAGAGCCCACCUAAAGAGCUGGCCGGCAGUUCGCCGUCUCAGAAACGGCCUGCUGCUGACUUCAUCGACCCCCUUGCAAACAAAAAGCCCAGAAUAUCACACCUUGCCAGCAAGGCUGCAACAGCCCCUGUCAAUGGCAAGCUCAGCUCUUCCAACGGGAGAGGAGAGGCCGGUGGAGCGCAAGGAGGAGUGGCAGUUUCUAUGUCAGAAAGUGGCACGACAUCCAGCUCCCAGCCGCUCCCUGUGCUGGACAUCCCUCGCCCUUUUGAAGCACUGUCAGAUGUCAGCAAUGACUCCAGCCACAACGGGAGAGACUGUGACUCUCAGGAAACCGCAGUGUCCGAGAGGCUCAGCCAACCUCCUUCGCUUUUCUCAGCCUCAACUGUGCUCACCGCGCCCAGCAUUGGCACAUCAUCUCCAGGACACCCGGCACUGGAGGGCCCCAGGGACAAGAGUCCUUCAUCCUGCAACAACAAGUCCAGGAAGAAGUCUAAAAAGCAUAAAGACAAGGAGAAGAGCAAAGACAGGGAGAGGGUGAAAGACAGGGUGAAGGAGAAGGUGAAGGAGAGGAAGAGUCCUGAGGAGUGUGUGCCUGAGCCAAACAGAGCCUGUGAGAUGAGCCCAGGAAACCUCAAAAUCAACAGUAUUCCACACAAAAGCACAGAUCUGAACGGGAUGUGCAACAGUACCAGUAUUCCUUCGUCAUCACCUGAGGUGGCAGAGUAUUUAUUGAAGUACACAGUGAUCGGCUCUCCGGAGCAGCGUCAGAGGUAUAAAAACGAUUUCAACGCCGAGUACAGUGAGUACCGGGAUCUGCACGCUCGGAUAGAGGGCAUCACCCGGCAGUUCACUGUGCUUGACAAUGAGCUCAAACAGCUUCAGCAAGGCACAGAAAAGUACAAGGUAGAUUCAACAAUCCACAAUCAGAUACUUCAAGAGUAUCAUAAAAUAAAAAAGACUAAUCCGAACUAUAGUCAAGAGAAGAACCGCUGUGAAUAUCUACACAACAAACUGGCACAUAUAAAGAGACUUAUUGCCGAGUACGACCAACAGCAACUUUAGAAGUAGUUAUUAGACAUUGUUUCCCUGUUAUCUCUGGAAACCAAGCAGAUAAUGGAAAACUGGAUUCCGCUUGUGCUAAGAAAUAUUCUCAUGAAAGAUGCCAUGAAGGGAGUAUUUCCCUCAUCGGAGCCAAAGGCUCUAGUGAGGACUGAAGCAGGACACACUUUGUUUUAUUUCCUUUUUUUUUUUUUUUUUUUUCUUUUUGGAAGAUGGGGGUUGUGCCUGGCGUGGCCAUGUCCAUCUGUGUACUUAAAAUGCAUUCAGAGGAAAAGGUUCUAUGUGGCUUUGGUGUUCUCAACAGCCCACCCUGCUUAUGGUGCACAGAGGUCUGAAAGAGUCGCUUUCUCGGGUAGAAUCCGAAUGAUCUUUCCUGCUUUAGUAACUGGAGAGAAGGGGGGACACUAAGGUGCAGAUUGUACGCCAAAUGCAACUAAUUUGUUUAUGACUAAAGAAAAAACUUAAGUGAAUUUCCCCAUAUACCGAAACAAAUGGUUGUGACGUUGAAUUUAUCUCCUUAUUUAUUUUUGACACUUAACUGGGAGGACUGAGUAUGUUUUACACUCCUCGAUAUCAGUACUUAAAAGCUGUCUCUCUUAUUUUCUGUCCUUGCAUCUUGAAUGUCAGCCAGUAUUUUUAUUCAGAAGCUGCCUUGCCCAUCUAAUUGUAACUCUGUUGGCGUUAAUUAUUUCUUUUCUCUUUUAAAGAGACGCAGAUAUUACUGUUGAUGAAAUCAAAACAAUGCCUCUACAUGCACAGAGUCAGACGCAGGUUUGUGCGCUUGGCUUUUUCUUUUCAAAAAUCAUGUGCAGAUGUCUUAACGGAGGGGGCGUUCAUGGAAGUUUGCAGUCGCUCUUGAGCUGUAGAUUUUCAACAGCACGGCCUCUUCGCUCAGUCAUGACAAGCUGCCGUGCUUGUUUAUCGGUUACAGCAGUGGUCCUUAGUUAUGGUUCAUCAUAUCGUAUCAUUGAAAAACUAGAUUUAGCUCUUAAUUGGUUGUCUUUUCAGUUCAGCUCAUGACGGCUUUUGUAGCAACAGAUUGAUUCAAGGUUUAUCUGAAGAGUCCUGCACCAGUUGUGCUCUUCAUAAUGCUUCAGAAGAUCCUGGAAUUGUAAGAUGAUGCAGACAGGGAGUGCGGAUCUACAGGCUUUUUUUUCUUUUUUUCAUCAAAAUUAGGUUUGAGCCACAGAUCUGAUAUCUCUUAAGUUACGAUCACUGUCACCUUUUUAGUUGUGUUAAGAUAGUGUUUACAAUGUCUUUAAAAAGAUCAAAUUCAUGGUUUCGUCUGCUCAUCGACCCACAUUGGUAGUCCAUCGAGACGACUGUUAAGAUGAAGCCAUCCUUGAUCAUCCUCCUGGUGGAGGCCUCACCUGCGACCAGUUUCUGCCUUUUUCAAAUGUGAUGUCAGAUAUUCACACGAGGUUGACCCUGAAAUCUAUUUUCUGGCUCAGCGCUCCUCUCUGAGAAGCAUCGCGUCAAGACUCGACGGAUCCGAUUUUAGAAUUGCUGUAUCAGAACUCAGCCCAAUGCACGAGCGAGUCGAGUUAAGUCAGCGGAUGCAUUUCUUAUAUUGAUCUUUUUAUGUGAAUAUGAAAAAUCAGCACUUUUUUUCUCCUGAUCUUGCUGUUACCUGGGGGUUUUGUCCAGAUGACUUUUCUCUUUGUCCAUCAGAGUGCAUGCUUUAUGAAUGUGUUACAAUGAACAGUCUUUGUAUCUUUACUUGAAGGAAAAAAAACAAACAAAAAAACUGCCCAAUGAUCUCAAAACCCAAGCGAAGGCCGAGUCCGACAGAAUCAGUGGGUAAUCAGUUCGACAUGGCUCUGACCAGCAUGUAUACCAAAGUGCUUACCGAGUGGGAUGACAGGAGACGCUCUACCAAAUGUUGGCAAAGGAACCUGUCUCAGUAUUCUCUACUUCCUGUUAUUAUUAUUAUUAUGUCUUUUGUCAUAACUUAUCAUGCAGUUGAAGCUUUUCUCAGUGUUUCGGUGUGUCGGAGGAGGCUCCUUUGCGCCAGAUGGGAUUUUGCAUGAAUGGGCUCAAUUGUUUCAAUGUAAUAGCAGGUUUCAGAUAAAUCACUAUCCUAAUACAAACACUACAUCAAGGCCAUCGCUCCCAGGUUCAUCGGAGUGAUACUAAGGCUGGUUCUGGGACUUGAUGGCGUCUGGCCGAGGGAACGUAAAGUCUGUCAAGGUGAAUGUCUUUUUUUUACCAGAAUCGACACUCGGCAUCGCCCAGUAUUGCUACCAUUAACAAGAAAGACACUUUUCACUGUUCAUUCUUACUGUAUCUUGUUUUCUCAAAGCAUUCUGAUUACUGUAUUACACUUCUAUAACGGACAAAAUCCAUUGUGAAUGAGUUCAUAAGUAAACACAUGUUUGCUCUGACAGAGAUCAAAGUGUGUGUGAAAGUAACGAUAUGCCAGCACAGGAGUACCGUUGUAUGAGUUGAUUGUGCCAAAAUGACCUGUUGUAUAGGGGUUUUUUUUUUUUUCUUUUCUCUGAGUAUAUACAUGCUGCUGUAUAAGCAAAGAGGGCUUUGGACAAGAGUCAUAUGAAAUGUUGGCGCUAAAACCCAAAGCACGCUUUUUGAAAACCAUAAGGGACUGGGACUGAAAUUGAUCUUUGUUUCAAUAAAAUUCUUUAAAAUCCUUAUUUGUGAAAUUCUGAA